UGAAACGGCGUGAGGUGUCGGGGGACUGAAGUGGGGUCCCAGCGGCGUCAUGCAGAGACGAUCAUUGUCUCUCUCACACUUUCUAACUAGCCAUUUCACAACAGCGAGGCGAGGAAACGAGCCAGGCCAGAGCUAUCAGCAGUCCAUGUGGAGCAGCAGCGGUGUCCCGAGGGCUCUUCCUCUCAACAUCAACCAAAUAAACUGAGUGCAGGAAUACAAGCGCAAAGAUGAGAACAACUGUUGGAGUUCAAUUCUAUCAAUAUUUUAUGAGACAUGUUCGUUAUAUCGGGUGACUGUUUAGUCAAAGUAAUGAGGCAGACGAAUUGCCUCCAAGUGUAGGAGAAUCAGUUAAUUGACCAGGUUCUCUAUCUCAACUACCAGCGAAUUAUUGUGUGAAAAAAAAUACUUUAAUCACACUCGUUAUCUGUUACACCAUCGAAGGAAACCAUGCAUGGAAGGCGCCAUUUCCCACCAAGUUAAACAGUGUUAUACGCACUACAUUUGGAUUAGCGUGCUGUACAACACAUAGCUACCGGUAUUUCGGGUGGAAUUUCGGAGUGGCUUCUUGCUCGCGCAUUUGCGCUUUCCUCGCGUUCCGCAGCUAAACUUGGAGAGCUCCAUGCAGUCGCGAAGGGAGAGGAGAGAAGUGCGACCCCGUGCUGGAUGGAUGGUUAUGGGGAAAGGAGCAGGAGGACCUUCGGCGCUUGAAGUCGGCAAGAUCCUUGUUGUGUUUCUUUGCCUGUUUCCUUCUGUGAGUCUGCAGUGUAAGAUCCUCAAGUGUAACUCUGAGUUUUGGGCCUCCACCUCAAGCUCCGGCCCGGAGGAGGAGUUCUGUACUGCGCUGCGGGCGUACAACAACUGUGUACGCCGCACCGCACGCACCUGCAGAGGCGACUUAGCCUACCACUCAGCCCAACAUGGCAUAGAGGAUCUCAUGAGCCAGAACAACUGCUCCAAGGAGGGGCCUACAACUCAGCCUCGAGCCCGGACCCCCGCUCCACCACCACAGCUACAGCCUGACAGCCAGGAGCGCUCCGAUGGGCCAGAGCAGUGUCAUUACGAACGCAGCCUUCAUCGCCAAUCCUCGCCACCCAACUACACCCACUGUGGCUUCUUUGGAGACCCGCACCUCCGUACUUUCAGCGAUGACUUCCAGACCUGCAAGGUUGAGGGAGCCUGGCCCCUUGUCCAUAACAAAUACCUGUCUGUUCAGGUGACCAACACACCUGUCGUGCCUGGCUCCUCUGCUACGGCCACCAGCAAGUUGACAAUCAUCUUCAAGAACUUCCAGGAGUGUGUGGACCAGAAGAUGUAUCAUGCCGAGACAGACGAGCUGCCUGCAGCGUUCGCCGAUGGCUCCAAGAAUGGCGGAGACCGCCACGGGGCCAACACGCUACGCAUCGUGGAGAAGGUGCCUGGGAGGCAGGUGGAGAUCCACGCACGCUACAUCGGUACAACCAUUGUGGUCCGGCAGGUGGGGCAAUACCUGACCUUUGCUGUGCGGAUGCCAGAGGAAGUAGUGAACUCUGUAGAAGACCGAGACAACCAGGACCUGUACCUCUGCCUGCACGGCUGCCCCGCCAACCAACGCAUCGACUUCAGGACAUUCAGGGCCCGUGCAGUGGAGGGCCACGGCCUGAGCAGGACUGGCAGCCCACCCCAUGGGUUUACCUACAAGGCUGCCAUGGCUAAGUGUAAAGAGCGCCUCCCAGUGGAGGACCUGUACUUCCAGUCCUGUGUGUUCGACCUGCUUUCCUCCGGGGAUGUCAACUUCACCAUGGCUGCCUACUAUGCCUUUGAGGAUGUGAAAAUGCUCCACUCCAAUAAGGACAAAUACCACAUUUAUGAAAAGGAUGCAUUUGGGAGUAAUGCAGCGCCAAGGGGAUCAGAUGUGUUCUCGCUAGUCCUCCUCAACUUUCUGGCUGUUUUGUUCAUCUAUAGUCCUCUGCCAACAUCAUCCUCAUUAUGCUAGCUGUCAGUGGGUGUGAAACAGUGCUCUCACCGUGUCAUACUUCACCACCACUGCUCUGUCCUCAGUGGCUGGUGGCCAGUGGAGUCCGCAAGCCCUUCCAUGCCUCUGAGGGGACAGAGCAGCCCAUGUGCAAUCAAACUCAUCCCAGCCAUGGUUUCAUCAUUGUUUUGUUGUUGACAUCAUGUGUUGACUUCCAUCUGGUGGUGAGGUGAGCUCUAUGUACUCCCACCUAUCAUUACAUUCAUUCUGCUGGUUUAAGGAAUGGUCCUUUGAUGAAGGAGAGCAGUGGUGAGUGAGGAGAGCCCAGGAGCCCCAGUACUUUGGAUAUCAAGCUGGGAUUAAAUCCCACAUUCCCACUGGGACUGCAUGCGCCUAUGGGGAAGUGAGACGAGAUUAUCUCUUGCAGAAAGAACCUCACUGGUUCCAAGCCAGUGGAGCUCCCUGUGGCUCAUGGGUAUGGGCUAGACGACAUGACAGGGGCUUUUGUUAACCUCUGGCCAGAAGUAGCUCCCUGUUUGAUGAUCUUCCAGCUUUGGAAAAGCUGUAGCUUUUUGGAGGAAGCUCUCAGCCAAAAGGAUGUCAGAGCAGCGAGUCUAGUUGUCUGCUGUGGAGAUUAAUAGCUCAUAACGCCAGGUCUUUUGUAACAUUGUGUGUUUGUUUGUCUCUGUCUGUGUGUGCGUGCGCACCUCUGUGGUUAAUUGUGUGCUCCAGAAACAGUUGUGUGUGAGAGUGAGUGUUACUCAAAAGUGCAAGAAAUCUUUCCUUGGGAGAAAUAUUUCUUAAUGUUGUUAUAUUGCACCCCAGGUUCCAAUAUAGAACCGUCAUGGUGGUCUAGAGUCAGUUGAAACUGCCUCUGCCUGCCAAGUGGUUACUUAUAAGUGAACUGGCAGACAGUAAAAAAAUAUUUUCCCAACUUUUUACCUGUCAAUCAGUGUCAAAAAGACUUAGUUCAAAUAUUGCCGUUUUAAAGUGUUAAGUAUGAUAAAUGUAUUUUUUUGUAUCAGGUCUAAUUAGGAAUGGAGAUGUUCAUAAGGAAAAAGCCCUGAACAAACUCUCCCAAGGGCACACAAUGCAGAAACGCAGAUCACCUUUACACAGUAUCUCUCUUUAUUCAACCAACCAACUUUCAUGUAUAAUGUAUCAUGGCCAAGAAAUAGUUUUCUACAGAUCAUUUGUUGUCUAGGCAGUCAACAGUUCCCUGCAGAUGUAGGUAUAUUGGCAAUGUGAUGGGUUUGAGAAAGGUAUAGUCACACUAGGUUAAAAUAAAAUGUUUUCCCAUCCAUGGUGUGCUUCCACCAAAUGGACUUUUCGCGGAUACAAAUCAGUGUGAUGACGUAGUGCACACAAAAUGUACUUUAAGUUCAAUUAGUUUCCAUUGUAUUUUAAAUUCUACCGAUAGUUUUGUCACAAAUUGUAGAAAAUGUACCUACUCUGGUCUUGACACAUGCGCUCUAGCCAACAGCUGGCAGAUACAGUGCGGGUAGGCUUGUCUACAUUGACAUUAUUAUGGAUAAGAGCAAGAAUAUUUGUCAAAUGGCAGUCAAGCAUCAAUCAUCAUGUCAGACCCUCAACAUUUAUUGGAAAGGAGCAUCAAGCUCAUCACCGUACACUUUCAUCACCCUGUGAAGUUGUCUGUCGUCUAAUAAGCGGCAUUGUUUCCCUAGUCGGAGGACACACCAUAUCAUCACGUGACUCCAAGUUCUUAGAUAUGAUGGUUAUUCUAUUAAUAUUUGCGCAUAAAGGGGUUUCCACUGCCAUUUCUCGCAUAAUUUUACCAACACAAAAAGAUGAAUGAACAAAUUAUUUAUCUGCAUUUAUAAAGUUGUACCAAAACCUCCUGUUUCUAACACCACUGUCGUGAUUUGUUUUAUACGGUAUGAUUUUACCCACAUAAAAACUGUGGAUGGAAAUGUGGUUUACUGACCACUGUAGAGAGCAGGCCCUGUACGUGAAAGAGGGUGUUGACAUGGCUCCGCUAUAGGGAACAUACAACUUGCAUCUGUCUGUAGACCUGUUAAUUUAUGGCUUUAAUCUUUGCCAAAGAACAAGCCCUGGUGCCAACAAUUUUCCCAACAGCUGAAUUUUCACUACUCUCUUUCUCUGUGAACUUUUGCGAUAAAGUUUCCAUUUGGAUUGUGUAGAACGCUGGUGCUACUGCUUGAACUUAGUUGAUUGACUUAUUCAGCGCAGCAUGGUAAAUAAGCUGUCAGUUUCUGGUUUUGAAUUUGAUCUUCUGUCAUAUGUCAUACUGCUACAGCAGUGGAGGCUGGUGGGAUGAGUUUUAUAAGAGGACUGGCUCAUUUUAACGGCUGGAAUGGAAUCAAUGGAAAUGAGUCAAACGCAUGGUUUCUAUAUGUUAAUUGUUUGAUGUCGUUCCAUUUAUUCCAUUCAGUGGUGUAAAACACUUUAAAGUACUACUUAAGUCGUUUUUGUGGUAUCUGUAUUUUACUAUUUGUAUUUUUGACAACUUUUACUUUACUACAUUCUUGAAGAAAAUGACGUACUUUUUACUCCAUACAUUUUCCCUGACACCCAAAAGUACUCGUUACAUUUUGAAUGCUUAGCAGGACAGAAAAUGGUAAAAUUCACACACCUGGUCAUCCCUAUUGUCUCUGAUCUGGCGGACUCACUAAACACAUGCUUUGUUUGUAGAUGUUAUUGUGACCCUGGCUAGCCGUCUGGUUUGCUUAAUAUAAGGAAUUUUAAAUGAUUCAUACUUUUACUUUUGAUACUUAAGUAUAUUUUAGCAACUACAUUUACUUUUGAUACUUAAGUAUAUUAAAGACAUACUUUUAGACUUUGCCUCAAGUAGUAUUUUACUGGGGGACUUUUACUUGAGUCAUUUUCUAUUAAGGUAUUUUUUUUAAACUUUUCAAGUAUGAUAUUUGAGUACUUUUUCCACCACUGAUUCCAUUCCAGCCAUUACAAUGAGCUCAUGCACAUCCCACCAGCCUCCACUGAUCUACAGUACCAUUUUGAUGUGUUGAAGUUUCUCCAUUGCAUUGUCUGUGUAAUUUCAUUCAUUUAGUAAGCAUAAGGGCUUGUUUAAAUUCGUACAGCGGAAGUUCAGUGCGAAAUUGACAGGUCAUUUCUGAUUGAGCCGGCACAUGCAGCGUUUAUCAUGGAUGCAGUCUCCACGAGCCAGGAGCUUUGCCUUUAAAUGUCAAUCAUGCUAUAGCGCUGAACUUUCACAAUACAGAUUUAAUCAAGUUCUAAAUCUUGAAGCUGGAGGUACUAAUACUUCAAAGGCAUGUUAUAUGAAGAAGACAUUGAACCUUUCAUUCUGGUUGGAUCUUGAUUUGCAUUAUUUGUUGUAUACCCAAGUAAGGAUAAAACCUUGUCAGACGAUUUGCUUCGGGGGGUUUUCCGAUUUCAUCUCGGUUGAAUAUUUUUGGGUUUUACCUUCCUAGUCCCUUAGCACUCAUCUAUUAAACAACUUAAAAGGUAAUAUAUCCUUACACUGAAGUAUUUGGCCUAACUACUGCUAUGGGAGCAUGUGCAGUUUGUUCUUAGUCUGGCCUUAAAAGAUGAUCAAAGAAACAAAAAUGAAUGUAACACUGAAUCUUGUGAUUAUAGAUGUAAUUUGUAUUGUGAGUUUGAUAUAUGGUUCUACAUGUGUAAUGUGUGAUUGUAUACAUGUUUGUUGUUGAAUUGCUAAAAUAUUGUAUUAUCUGUUGUGUUGAAUUUAUCACUACAGUUUUGUAUAUGAGAAGAUUUGGUGAAUGUGACCUUUUUUAUUUAAAAAGGAUUUAGUGAAAACGUGAACAUUACAAAGCUGUUGGGUUGUCAGGGCCUAGUUUUCAGCUAUCCAUUAAUGGCAGGAAUCCUAUACUGGUUACUGUAGUUUCAGAGCAUUCCUUUACCUGCUCAGGAGCAGACAAGUUAACCUUGAUUCCAUCCACCUAGAUGUCUACUAAGGGAAUACAAGAAAGUUUUUUUGGUGUUCAUGUCUUUCAUUUUAAAGCACUUUAUGUUUUUUCACUUGGCUCUUACUUGGUUUGAACUUGAUUGUGAAUAGAGGUUGCCAGACUUGUAACGGUAGAAAAAUAUGGAAUAAAAAUUUUAAAAAACAUGUCCGAUUGGGAGAAGCCAGAAAGAUCAAACUGUGUAUGUAGGACAAAAGCAGCGCCACAAACUGUUUAUACUGUAAAUUAUUUAUUAAAUAAAAGAUAGACAGCA